CCUCUGUCAGACAGCUACUCCGUGACAAGUUUCCUUGCUGCUGGGCCAAGAGUGCCUGAUGCUGGCUAUCAUGGCUGAUCCUGUAGCAGAAGAACACACCUCCCAAGUUAGUGAACUCUGCUGCGAGUGUGGUCAGUUCCACCUCUUGCUGGACAAUCAUCUCUACAACUUCCAGGAUGAAGUGGACGAUGAACUCAUCUGCCAUAUCUGCCUUCAGCCUCUGCUCCAACCUAUGGACACCCCCUGUGGACAUACGUACUGUUUUAAGUGCCUUGAAAACUUCAUGCAGGAGUAUAAUUUUUGUCCUAUGGAUCGGAAAAAGCUCUCCUUCCAGCAGUGCCACAAGUCCAGCCUUCUAGUACGAAACCUGUUGGAUAAGCUGAUUGUCUUCUGUCCUUUCAAGGCAGAGUGUCAGCAGACAAUGCAGCGGUGUGAACUAGAAGCUCAUCUGCAGAACAGGUGUCCUGGUUUCAAGAAAUACAAAUCUGAACUACAGCGGAAAAAGAAUUCCAUUUCCAAAGGGAAGGAAGAUCCUCCUACCAAGGUGGAGACGAACACACCCAAGGAUCCAGAGGUACCAAGUGGAGGAUCGUCACUUGUGGCAGAAAGCUCUGCAGCUGCUGUGGUAUCGCUCGGGACUGCAGAGCCUGGACUGGUUAAUCCAGCUUUUGAGGAGACUGAAGAAGACCUUCCUCAGAGAACUAGUCUUGUGGCUGAAACAACCACAAUUGAAAUUCAUCGAGAAGACCCAGAGGAGGAGCUGGGAAUGAGGAUAGUUGGGGGUAAAGACACCCCUCUAGGAAACAUCGUUGUUCAGGAAGUCUUGCGGGAUUCUGUCAUUGCUGCAGAUGGAAGAAUAGCACCUGGGGACCAUAUUCUUGAGGUGAAUGGCGUCAACAUCAGCAGCGUGACUCACUGCCAAGCUGUCUCCUUCCUGCGCCACCCAGGUCCUGUUCUCCACCUCAUGGUCCUGCAGGAGAAGGGUUUUUCCAAUAAGACUGCACAGCAAGAUUCUGCUUCUGCUACAAAUCGGGAAGUGAUCCAUGUUACCUUGAUAAAGAGAGACCGAUCCGAACCCUUGGGAAUCAAACUGAUAAGGAAGACAGAUGAGGCAGGGAUUUUUAUUCUAGAUCUGUUAGAGGGAGGUUUGGCAGCCAAAAAUGGAAAACUGAGUCGGAAUGACAGAGUCCUGUCAAUAAAUGGCCAGGAUUUGAGGCAAGGAACACCUGAGGCUGCUGCGCAGAUAAUCCAGACCACUGAAUCAAAAGUGAACUUUGUCAUCUUGAGGCAGCCAGGCGUACAGCUGUCGGACACGGUAGAAGAUGGCAGCACAUCAAAUAACAGCAGCAGCAGCAGCAGCAAUGGAGGAAGCCCAGUGCACCACCGGAGACGACUGGAGCAGAAUCACUAUAGACGAAAAUCUAACUACCAGAAGGAUUUACCUCAGGGAUAUGCAAGUCAUGAAAAGACAGUUGCAAUAAAAAAGGAACCAAAGGAAUCGUUAGGAAUAACAAUUGGAGGUGGAAGGGAUAACAAAAACAAGCUCCCUAUAUAUGUAACAAGCGUGCAGCCCAUCGGAUGCCUCUUCAGGGAUGGCAGAAUCAAGCGAGGAGAUGUACUUCUGAGCAUAAAUGGCAUUGACUUGACUCAUCUGAACUACUAUGAAGCUGUCUCAGCACUGAAAUCUAACGCAGCUUCCCACUCAGUCAUACUGAAAGCCUUGGAAAUCCUUUCAUUGAACUCGACAGAGCCAUCUCUGGACAUCAAGGAGCAAGGAUUCAGCUGGUCUCCCCUCUGGAUCACAUGGCUUGGAUUGCCCAGCUACCUUCACUGCUGUCAAGAUAUCGUCCUCAGUAAAGGUAACCUGGAAAGCUGGGGCUUCAGCAUUGUUGGAGGCUUUGAGGAAAGCAAAGGAAACCAGCCAUUCUUCAUCAAAACCAUAGUGCCCGGGACUCCUGCCUUCCGAGACAGGAAACUGAAGUGUGGAGAUGAAAUAGUGGCAGUAAAUGGAGUGCCAGCAAUAGGAAUGAGCAACUCAGAACUAAUCCCAAUGCUGAAGGAGCAAAGGAACAAAGUCACGCUGACUGUGGUGUCCUGGCCAGGAAGCCUCGUGUGAAAGCUCAAACAAAACCCACAACAGUUUCAGGUAUCGGGUAGCAGCUGGCCGUCACCCAAAGCUAAACGUGUCACAGAUAAAUCAAGGGAAUGCUGAACUCCUGCUACACACUCUAUCACCAUGGAAGACUUUUGCCCUCAUUUUUGCAGAGAUUAUUUCUUUACUGUGCUGAGGUUAUCAACAAAUCUGGUUCUUGGAUUCAAAGUAACAGUUAAUGCAAACAGUUGUUGUAGCUUCCUGGGCACAUUAAAGUGCUGUAGGAUUGGUGUUGCAGAGGAAGCUCUUUUUCUCAGUGUUUCUCUACAAAUUGCCUUCGAGGCACUUUCCUCCAUUUUAGAGCUCUGCUUUCCAUAUAAGAUUUUGAACAGGUUAAAACAGACAUGAGUGUCCUGCUAGUUUAAGACAGUCCUGCUGCUGAUCUCUGACUGCAGUUCUUUUGACAUUGAGUCAUUUUAUAUGGGCUUUUAAAAGCCACUAAUAAAACUGCAAGGAUGGGGACCCAAUUAAGCAGUUCCUAUAGCCCCUAGUCUUGAUAUUUUCAGGCUACUGAAACCUAAUUAAGGUGUUCAUACAUGAAAAAAAAAUUCUCAUAGCUGACAGGUGAAUUGCUGCUAUGUUAGCAUGGUGGAGCUGUGGUGACCUGUAUGAAGGUCCUACCACCAGCCAGCUAUCAUGAAUCCUGCCAAAUAUGCCGAUUUGUCGUGAAUCCUGAUUUAAGAUUCUGCUGACUACACCAGUUUGACACAAAUGGGUGAUUUAGAAUGCUUAAAAAACUGCCAUCAGUGGUAUCAGCAAAAGUGGCUUCAUUGAAAUAUGUUGUAGAAGUGCAACUUUGCAGUGAGCAAACCUUGCUCUUUCUUAACAAAUUUACUGUACUAUAAAGUUACAUGUGAUGUUGGUCACUUACCAAAGAUCUGCUGUGGGUGAAAAGUCUCUCAGCCUUGAGGAGCAGCCAUGAGAGGUGUCCCAGCUCUAGGGGAGAUCACUGCUGCAGCCAGGCUGCUUACCAGGAAGAGCUCAAAGGCUCUCACAUUUAUGGAACAGAGUGGCUAGCUUGCAGUAAAUUACAAGUGAUGGAAAAGAUAUGCAUGGGACUCUUCGUACCCACAACUUUGCAGCAUUUACCAGACUACCACUAGUUUGGGUAAGGAGUUGAGUGCAUUCAUCACAGUAGCCAGAGAUAAGGAAUUUGCUUAAUUUUCAUCCUCUUCCUCAACCUGGUUUCCCUGAUUUUAUGACUUGGCAAAAUGUCCAGCUUUUCCUACAGAAGGUAGAUGAUUAAGUAAACAGGCUUGUUACAAGAAACCUCUGUCCCAGGCUGUUGUCUUAUUUUUAUCAGUUUCCCAGUGAUCAGAUGCAGAGUUAAGGCAGGGGGGAGGAGGCUGUCCCUGUACUGUCAGGGAGGUGAGAGGAGCUCCUGCAGUUGUGUUCAUGUCUCUCUUGCAGCAGGAGCAAACUCUCACUGCACUGGCUCAGGGUGAGCCUCGUUGGCUGUCUUGGCCAUGUUGUACCAACCAUAGAAAACGGGCUACCUCCAGGUCAGUGGGCCAGGUCUGGCUUCAGUUCAAAUCCACUGCAUAGUUAAAAUUCAGAAUAAAACAACUGAAGCCAAGGCAGGUUGAUUUGUGAAGUUCCUACCUGCAAACAAUUCCCUCCUUUUUUAGGAGGCUGUUAAUCAGCAGUAGAAAUAACAGACCGUUCCCAACCAGGUCGCACUGAUCAAGAUCUUUACUCUUCUGCUGUUUCUGCUGUGUCCUUUAUGGGGCCAGCUCAGACUGUAAGACUCAAAGGAGUUUCUCUCCCCUGUAAAAAUGCUACCUAGGAUGAAUGUUUAAUUCCCUGCAGGUAAGUGCCCAUCAUCAUUUUAGGGCUGGCUACUUCAUAAUUAGCUAUUACUGCAGAGCAGAAUUGCUCCUUGUUACAUGACACACUUGUUUGCAUACAGAGCGACUUCUCUUCCUUUGGCUGUUAGCUUAAGGCAGUAUAGAGCAGGGCCUGUUAUCAGAGUCUAUUACACAGAAAUAGUUUAGAAUCCAAUCGUCACAAAAGCUUCCCUGGCACACAGUGUGGCCCCUCUGGUUGGUUGAUAAAUACUGCUGAGGACUUGGACAGCAGGAACACUGUGGCCAGCUGGGCUCUGGGACCUUUUUUUCCUGUUGUUCCUACUGCAUGCUGAGAGCAAAAUAAUUCAAAAGUCAGAAAGCUGCCUGUGGAGAACUGGUCACUCGACCUCUGUCUGACACACAGGAACAGAAAAACCUGAAGCAAUUUUUGUCUCUUUCCAAUCAAUGUGCAGAAUCUGUGCCUGGUAUGGAACAGUAAAUAUUUAUGUAGAUAGAGAGAAGACAAUUCCUGCUGAGUAGUACCAAAUGUCACUUGUAUAAAGUACAGUAGGAAAAAGCCAUGCAGCUGGUGGUCAAACAGUUUAAGUGAAGAGGAUGCUGCAGAAGGCAGCAUGAUUUUUACUAUUACUCCAUUGCGUUUCAAGGUGCCUUCAACUUCAUCAAAAUGUCCUGGUAAUUUAUGUAUUGUUUCCAAGAUCAGCUUGUUCAUAGAUGUUGAAUUUAUUUUGAUGCCUUUAUAAAUUAUUGUAAUAUUACUGAAAAACGUGGAUUAUAGGUGUGG